UUAAUACCUCCUUUGAAGAUCUACCCUGAAUUUUCUCUAAUAUUCUAUUAUUGGUCUUUUGCUGCUUUUGAUUCUUCUUCCCUCUGCUUAAAGUUGAUGUUUUUGUUUUAGUACGUGCAAAGUUUAUCUUUUUAUGCUCAAGUUGAACCAAGCAUUCAUAAAUGUUUGGAAAUGCUUCUUGAAUUGAUUCUAAAGCCAAAGAGAAGUUUUUAUGAGUAGCUUUUGGUUUCAUAAUUGAUUAUGUGAACAGAAAAGUUGAUCCAAACAUGCCAUUAGAGGUUUCUGCACCAUUUUGCUACCCAAUAUAGAUGUCAGUUCUUAUAUUGUGAGCCAAACUUCAGGGUGAACCAUGAUUUGUGUUUGGGUUGUUAUGGUAUUGGUGGUUCUCUCCAAUGGAUGGUUCUCUUCAAAUGGGGUUGUUGCCAUGGAUAAUUCCACAGUACCUGCUUUUGUCAAUAUUGGGGUUCUCUACUCUUUCAACACCAGUGUUGGUAGAAUUGUGAAAAUUGCUGUUGAUGCUGCUGUUCAAGAUGUAAAUUCUGAUCCAUCAAUUCUUGGUAAAACUGAGUUAAGGGUCUCACUGCAAGAAGAUUCCAAAUACAGAGGUUUUCUGAGCAUUGCUGAAGCCUUGCAGCUCAUGGCAACACACACCGUAGCCAUAAUUGGCCCCCAGACCUCUACAACAGCUCAUGUCAUAUCUCAUAUAGCGAACGAGCUCAAAGUUCCUCUGCUAUCAUUUUCAGCCACUGACCCUACCCUUUCUUCGCUUCAAUUCCCGUUCUUUAUAAGAACUGCUUUUAGUGACAUGUAUGAAAUGACCGCGAUAGCAGACUUUGUUAACCACUUUGGAUGGAGAGAGGUUAUUGCUGUCUAUGGUGAUGAUGACCAUGGGAGGAACGGGAUCGGCUCAUUAGGGGAUAAGCUUGCUGACAGACGUUGCAAGAUCUCAUUUAAAGCGGCAAUGACACCUGAGGCGACCAGGGAGGAGAUCACUGAUGUGCUUGUUCAGGUGGCUUUAGCCGAAUCCCGAGUUAUAGUUCUUCACACAAGUACUGCUUGGGGUCCGAAAGUGCUGAGUGUGGCAAAGUCUCUUGGAAUGAUGGAAAAUGGGUAUGUCUGGAUUGCCACUACUUUUCUGUCUAGUUGGCUGGACAUAGCUAGUCCCCUCUCACCGGAUGAAAUGGAUACGAUUCAAGGAGUUGUUACUUUUCGUAUGUACACACCUGAUUCGAAGCUCAAAAGAUGGUUUGUUUCUAGGUGGGCAAAUUUGACUAGUGGAAAGACUGAUUAUCCCCUUGGUUUAAGUACUUAUGGUAUCUUUGCAUAUGACACUGUUUAUGCCCUUGCUCAUGCACUUGAUGCUUUUCUCAAACAAGGGAACCAGAUUACAUUUUCACAUGAUCCAAAGUUAUCUGCACUGCAAGGAGGCAAUAUGCAUCUUGAUGCUGUGAAAAUCUUCAAUCAAGGAAAUCUGUUGAGGAAAAGUAUUCAUGAGGUUAACAUGACCGGGGUGUCAGGUCCAUUCAGCUAUGAUUCUGAUGGAAACCUUGUUAAUCCAGCAUAUGAAAUCAUCAAUGUGAUCGGAACAGGGGUACGAAGGAUCGGUUAUUGGUCUAAUUACUCUGGAUUAUCAGUUGUUCCUCCAGAAGCACUUUACUCAAAACCAGCUAAUCGUUCUAGCGCAAAUAAAAAACUACUCCCUGUGUUUUGGCCAGGGGAGACAACCCAGAAGCCCCGCGGUUGGGUUUUUCCAAACAAUGGAAGACUGCUAAAAAUUGGAGUGCCGAAAAGGGUUAGUUAUCGCGAAUUUCUCUCUCAAGUACAAGGCACUGACAUGUUCAAGGGAUUCUGCAUUGAGGUGUUUCUUUCUGCAGCAAACUUGUUGCCCUAUGCUGUCCCCUAUAAGUUUAUUUCAUAUGGGGAUGGUAAGAGUAAUCCUAGUAACACUGAGCUUGUGCGUCUUAUCACUGCGGGCGUCUUUGAUGCUGCAGUAGGUGACAUUACAAUUACUACAGAAAGAACAAAGCUGGUGGAUUUCACUCAGCCAUAUAUUGAAUCAGGUCUAGUGGUAGUUGCAUCAGUUAAGAAGACAGAAUCCAAUGCUUGGGCAUUUUUGACGCCAUUUACACCAAUGAUGUGGACUGUCACAGCUAUCUUUUUCCUACUAGUGGGAGCUGUUGUUUGGAUUUUAGAACAUAGGCUGAAUGAUGAGUUUAGGGGACCUCCCAAAAAACAAAUUGUCACCAUUUUGUGGUUUAGCUUUUCAACUAUGUUCUUUGCUCACAGGGAAAAUACAGUUAGCACUCUUGGUCGCUUUGUGCUGCUUAUAUGGCUAUUUGUAGUUCUAAUAAUUAACUCAAGUUACACGGCAAGCCUGACUUCAAUCCUCACUGUACAACAACUUUCUUCACCUGUUAAAGGCAUUGAAAGUUUAAUAAGUAGCAAAGAACGUAUAGGCUACUUGCAGGGUUCUUUUACUCGAACUUAUUUAAUUGAGGAAAUGGGUAUUGAUGAAUCCAGACUAGUUCCUCUAAAAGACCCUGAAGAAACUACCAAGGCACUGGAAAAAGGUCCACAUAAGGGUGGUAUUGCUGCAUAUGUCGAUGAGCGUGCUUACAUAGAGCUUUUCCUUUCGACUCGGUGCGAUUUUAGUGUUAUAGGCCAGGAGUUCACCAGAAAUGGUUGGGGAUUUGCCUUUCCACGAGACUCACCAUUAGCACUUGACAUGUCAACUGCAAUUCUGGAAUUGGCAGAAAAUGGAGAUUUGCAAAGGAUCCAUGAUAAAUGGCUUCUGCGGAGAGCUUGCCUAUCACAAGGUGCAAAGCUUGAAGUGGAUAGGCUCAAUCUCAGAAGCUUUUGGGGCCUCUACUUAGUCUGUGGGUUGGCAUGUUUACUUGCUCUACUCAUAUAUCUUUUUCAAACCCUGCGGCAGUAUAAGAAGCACGGCCCGGAGGAACUUGAGUCUUCUUCUGGUCAAGGCGCAUCAGGAUCUACACGAUUGCAAACUUUUCUUUCAUUUGUUGAUGAAAAAGAAGAGAUAGUUAAGACCCGCUCCAAGAGAAGACAAAUGGAGAGGAUAUCAUAUAGAAGCACAAGUGAGGUUGGAUCAUCCAUCAUCUCCAAUAAAGAAUUUUCUCUCUCGUCGUUAAGCAGAAUUGAUUCAGCUAAUGAAGUCUAACUUAAUAGCAUGUUUGGUUCCACGGUGGUGAAAUGCUUUAGAAUCAAUUCUGGUUAGAAGCUACAAGUCUUAGCUUCUGAGUAAAUGUGUUGAUUCUGCGCAAAUCAUGAAACCAUACAUUCUAUUACUACUGCCUAUUAUUUGCUCCACAUAAUUUUGUACCCUGUUCUGCUAGCUCCUUCACCAUCACUCUUCAAUCUUCAUUCCCUAUAGCAGGUUUCUACUAUCAUUUUUGUUACCUUUUUAGUACAUAUAUAUGUAACAUGUUCCAAUUUGUGUAUGACUGUAGUAUACGAAAGCGGGCAACAAGGUGCCUUUGCAACUUUUAACUUUUUAAAUCCUACUUAUGGUUCAUGUAGAAUACAUGAUUCAGAACCAAA